AUGGUGAAACGGCAAGGUUUUGGUCAGAUAACUGGUCUCCAUUUGGUGACUUACAAACUUAUCUACAAGCUUAACACUCAAGACUGGGCAUACCUCGACAAGCUACUGUGGCUUCUCUCUCCUGUGAUGGAUUACUAUGAAUGGGAAAUUGAUGGGCAAGUUUACUCAAGCUUCAAAACAGGUACUAUCUAUGACUACCUAACAGAGUACAAACCAGAUGUACCUUGGCAUUCUGUGGUUUGGUUCUCAAGAGCACUUCCACGACACAGCUUCUAUACGUGGCUUGUGAUCCAGAACAGGAACCCAACCCGUGAUAGGCUACUGCAGUGGGGACUUCAGGUCGAUGAUCGAUGUUUGCUCUGUAACGCAGCUCAAGAGUCUAGAGACCACUUAUACUUCGGCUGUAAUUAUAGUUUCGAUCUGUGGGUAAAGGUGGCGAGACGUCUACAAAUCCCUCCACAUCGUGACUGGCUUGACACUCUUAAUCAGUUGAUGUCCCUAUCAGCGCCACUUCCGCAGCGUCUCCUCUCGCUAUUGGCUUGGCAAUCGACGAUGUACUGGUUAUGGGGUGAGAGGAAUGUGCGACUCCACUCCCAAGUCUUCCGAUCAACGGAUCAGGUCUUCAAGCUCCUCGAUCGUCAACUAAGGAACAAGCUUUCAUCUUUCCGUGAUUCAAAUCCUGCAAGAUCCUCGACUAUGAUGGAUAGUUGGUUUCGAAUGGGAUGA